CGUGUGCGUUCGACGUAAAUAUUUGUUGUGUUUACAUGUUGUUGUUAAUAAAGGUGUAAUAUCGUAUAUUUAUUAUUUUUUACACUUGUUUGUAGUUUGUACACGAAAUUGCGAUGGACGAUACGCUGAAGUGGCGAGUAAUUUGUUGUUUGUGAUCAGUUAUCUUUACCGUUUGUGAUUGCCGCCAAAGCCGGGACCGCGAUUUUCGUUGUUUUAACUAGUCUUUCACCAGCAACUGUUAUUUAUUAGUUAUAUUUGAAUUACAAAGUUAGAAAUUGGAAAUGGGCGACCGUGUCUACGCAGCCGAAAAAUUAAUGAAAAAACGAGUUAGAAAGGGCAGAGUUGAAUAUCAUGUAAAGUGGAAAGGCUGGGGACCUAAGCAUAACACCUGGGAACCAGAAGAAAACAUAAUUGAUACAAGGCUCAUUGACAUUUUUGAACAAAGCCAAACUCGUACUGAAAAUAACCCUCAUAAACGUGGACCUAAAAGAAAAACACAAAAUUCACUUAUUGAAACACCAACUGCUGAACCUGCUAGAAGUGAUUAUGAAGAUGAAAAUGCAGAUGCCGAUUAUACUAGCCAAGAUGAAUCUGAAAUGUUGCCUGAGUCUACCAAUAAUGCUCCGUUAUUGCCUAGACAAGAUGAUGAAAUUGAAGAAAAUAAACCAAAUGAUGAUUCAACAGCAGAAAUGCCGAAGUUAAAUGCUGCAGUUAAAGUAAUAAUAGAUGUGGUGAAGCCGGAAAAAGUAAAUGAAGAUAAGAAGAUACCACCUGAAGAACUUAAUGGUAUUGAAAAAGAAGGAGAAGAAAAAUUACAGUUGUCUGCAAAGCCUAUUUGUAAUUUAUCUGUUCCAUCAACUCCCAAACAGUCUUCCAAGUCACCUUCGCCUUUACCAAAACCACAUAAGGUUAAACGCAAAGCAGAAGUUUUGUCCAAAGAAUCUGGCAAAGUCGGUGUUACUAUAACAACAAGUCCUCCUAUAUCUGAACCUAAAAUGCCCAAAUUGCAGCAGUCACCUUCAAGUAUUCAAAAUUCUAAUACAUCUUUAAUACAAUCUACUCAAGACGGUGGAAGAACUCCUAAAAGAAAAUCGUCUGAUCAUGCACUUCCUACUGUUUUGCCCAGUCAUACUUCUUCACCUUCAGAUAAUCAACAUCUAACGUUGACAGCAAUACUUCAGAGUACUCCAACCAAUGUUAAAUCUAGAGACACCUUAGCUGCAGCUGCACCUAUAAGUUCUCGAACUUCUGGUGAACCGGCAAGACCUCAAGAAGAUGCCGCAACAGCUGUAACACAAGGUGCUGGUGGCCAACAUCAGGUAUUGGACACAGCUUCUAUUGCGGAAACACCUACUCAUCGUAUACAGUAUAAGACAAUAUUAGCUAACCCCGGGCCUGAGUAUUGGCUUGCACGUAACCCUGUUGUUGAUAAUGUAUUUAUUACAGAUGUAACGGUAAAUUUAAAUACAGUUACAAUUAGAGAAUGUAAAACAGAAAAAGGAUUUUUUAAGUCUAAUGUUGAGGCUAGGCUUUAAGGAGUCAAUUAAUGUUGAGUUUUUAUUUUAUUUUUUAAAUAUUUAAAGUUAGUGAUGUAGAAGCAAUAUUUUUGUAUUACUAAUUAGCAAAAUAAAUGUAUUAUUAUAUUAAUGAUAUUUUUAAACAAUUUAUACAGGGUGAUUUAUUAGGCUGUGUUUCAAAGUACUGAUGUAUUAUAUGUAAUGUUAAAUUUUUUUGAUUUUAUUAAUGAAAUCACAAAUAUUUUUUGUUCGCUUGAAAAAUCAUAAUAAUUCUAAAUUGAAUUAAGAAUUUGCACUUAGUAGCAAUAAUUUUAAAAAAGAGAUCUAGCCUACAAAUCACCCUGUAUAGUUAUAAAGAAUAUUUCAAAUGCUAUUUUCUAUAUUUGAUGGAAUUUAUUAAUAUGUUGUCAUUUGUCUUUUAAAUAUUCUUCAACUGAUCUUUAAUACCAAAUUAUUUUUGACAGAUAACUUUUUUGAGCAUGUAUUGCUUAUGUUCUCAACAUUAUAACUUCAGAGUCAAAUUCGUGUGUAACAGUAUUUAUUGAUACUUAUAAAAUAAGUUCAUAUUAAUAUUAUCUACAAUAACAUUUCAUAUUUCAUUUAAUGACUUAUAAAAUGGAACAAAAUCUAUGUUUUAUGUUAUUGUUUUUAUUACUUAACUAACCACUAUAAUUUAGUCUAUUUAUUUCUUUAUAAAAUUAACCACUGGAAAUGUAAUUUUCAAUUUGGUAAUUUGAUCUCUAUUCUUACUUAACAUCUUCCAUUUUUAACUGUAUUAAACACAUCAAAUUGAUUUCUAUGAAACCAAAUUUUGUUUAUUUAUGCUUAGCUUGCGCCACGACGAUGGCGCUGGAUUUCAAAAUCUAACAGAUUUAGUAUACACAUACAGGAGAAUAUUGUGAGAAAUUUAAUAAGUAUUAUGGAGGUAAUAAUCAAGGUCGUUAUUAAUUAUCUAUAGAAAAAUGUUUAUGAAUAUUAAAUAAUUUUUUUUUUUUUAUUAAAUAAUGUUUUAUUAUUUAAACAUUUUAAAUGAUCCUAGUUGUUAUGGGAUUAUUUUGAGUCGUGUACUGUUUUUGUGCUGAUGCCAUAAAUUUGAACAACAAAUUAAUUUGUAUGUAUAUUUUCUAUUAUUUCUAGGUUAUUAAUUUGUCUAAUGAUGAUAAUUUUUAAGUGUUAUUUGUUAUUUAAACUAUGUUUUUCUUCGACGCUUUUAUCUUUACACUUAUUAAUUUAUUAUUUUAUCCUAACAUUAAUAUUAUUAUCAUUAAUAUUAUUUGUAUUAUUGUUGCACUUUAAUUUACUAUAAUUUAUUAGCACUCGCAAUUUAAAAGAAAAUAAUGUAACCUAAUUUGCUUUAGAAUAUAUAUUGCUGGUGGUGAAAAAAAUAUAUAUCUAAGGCGUUCAAAUUAAUCUAUUAAAAACCUCUGAAGUAAAUUAUUAGAAUUUUUAAGCCUACAUACAAUAGUUAUAAAUUAAACAUAUGAAUACAUAGUUAAGUUGUAUUUUAUAAUUUAUGUAAUAAUUGCGUUAUUUUAUUGCAGUUCUUAUUGAAAAAAAAUUAGAUAAAUGUUUGAACUUGUUGAAUAUUAAAUGUAUGAACACAGUUAACAUCCCAUGCUAUUCAUGCAUAUUAUCCAAUUGUUUUAUAUCUUUUAAUUUUCUACUGGUUAAAAUAAUCUUCCUGUAUUCCCCAAAAUUUUAUUUUUUGAACUUGUAAUAAUGACCUAAUUUUCUAAUAUAUACCCGUCUCUCUAGUCAUGGCCGGUUUUUUCCAUUUUAGAUCAACAAAAUAUAUUAUUUCUUAACUAAUGUUUUUUUUUAUUAUUAUUUUUGUACUUUGGAACUGGAACAAUUUAU